AUUGGAUUUUAGUGCGUCUCUCUCUGCUCCCGGCGGAUCGGCGACCACCGUCUUCUUUCCUUUUAUCCACUCUCUACAGCUUUUUUUCUCAAGUGUUUCUCUCUGGUUACUUACUUCCUACAGCUUUGCUAGAAAUUGAAAAUUAGAAUAUUAACCCCUAAUCCCAAAAACCUCGGAAUGUCGGAAAUGGCGAGUGACGAGGAAGAAAAUAUCAUUCCUUUCCAGCUCCAGUUCGACAAGCCCAUACCUUUUCAGAUUAAGAUAGCUGAGUGGAACCCGGAGAAGGAUUUAUUGGCAAUGGUUACUGAGGACUCCAAGAUUUUGCUGCAUCGAUUCAAUUGGCAGAGAUUAUGGACUAUUUCUCCAGUGGAAUGCAAUUUGAAGAAAGCCUGUUACUUCUUUAUGUUGCGUCCUGAUGGUAAAGCCAUAGCUGUUGGGCUUGAGGAUGGAACCAUUGCGCUUCACGAUAAUGGGAAGCUAUUAAGGAACUUAAAGCCCCAUGAUGUAGCUGUCGUGUGUCUUAACUGGGAGGAGGAUGGACAAUCCAAUACUGAUGAAAGUGGUAGUCUCUUAAACUCAACUAUGAUGGCAAGAGGGACCGAUGGAACGGUUAUGAUUCUUCAACCUACCAUCGCGUGCAAGAGCUUUAUGACGCUAAGAAGACGCACCGAUUGGGAUGAAGAAGAUGAUGACUUAAGAGUCGACGAAUCCAAGGUUGACGGGAGCAAGCAGAUGGACUUUGCAAAGGUUGAAAAGCGCGUUCGAUCAACUGGUGGUGGUAGCACAGGAACCGUAAGAAAUCUGCGUAUCAGAGAAGACAAAGCUAAAUACCUGUAUAACCUUGAUGCUGACUCCGCCCAUUAUGACCCUAAGAGUCGGUCCAUGCGUGAAGACCCGCUCCCAGAUGCAGAUCCAAAUCAAAAAUUUUAUUCGGGAGAUAAUGGAUAUAGAAACAGUGACCACGCUCUAGAGUUCAAACAGCUGAACAUCCUCUCAUGGGAAGCAUUUGACAUGAUACAGGACAUGCAUAUGCAAGCGGCUCCAUCCCGAGCUGAAUUCCUCUACAAGAAGGUCAAAGCGGGAAAAGACAAACUGAAGUCUCAGACUAAGGACGCAAUCAUGGGAAAGUAUGGGAAUGCAGCUACGCAAGAUGAAAUUCCAAUGGAGCUUCUGCUUGGGCAAAGCGAAAGACAAGUUGAGUAUGACAGAGCAGGGAGGAUUUUAAAGGGACAGGAGGUGGUGGUACUGCCCAAGAACAAAUACAAAGAAGAUGUUCAUGUAAACAACCACAAUAGCGUUUGGGGCUCAUGGUGGAAAGGCCAUAAAUGGGGAUAUAAAUGUUGCCAGCUGACCGUUCGCAACAGUUACUGCACAGGGAACGCAAAGGAGGUUGGAGAAAAGAGAAUGGCCACGUGGGGAACCGAUAUUCCUGAAGAUGUGGAACUGAGCGAGGAGGCACUUGCAAAUGCUCUUAAAAAGGAGGAUGAGCGUAAGAGGGAAGAAAAAGAUGAGAGGAAGCGGAAAUACAAUGUCAAAUACAACAACGAUGUGACUCGGGAAGAGAUGGAAGCUUACAGAAUGCAAAGAGUUCACCAAGAUGAUCCAUUGAAAGCUUUGUCAUCUAGCUCGGGCAGUUCCAAAAGAAGAAGACGAUGCGCUUCAAAGUUGGCUAUUACGAUUUACGACGAAGUCACACAUUCUGACUGGAAAUUCUAAAAACAUCCUAGGAAGAAGAUUGCGAGUCAUGCCAUUGCCAAAGCACUGUGUUUCUUCGAGAUAGUUAUUUCCAAUGUUAUUUUGAUGUGUUUCAGAUCCAUCUGACCUAACAAAAUCACUUUUUCAAG